AACUCAUAUAUUUCCUUGUCCGUGAUAUACGGGUUGUUUUUCCAUGUGUGAUUGUGAUACUGCUCAUAAGCCAUAUCCCGGACCCGUCGGACCCAUAUCCGCCUCAGCUACUGAUGAAAAAAAGAAAGAUGGAUUUGUCAGAGUAAUUGUGGCAGUCAAGAACCUGAAAACAUCACGUCAGAUGAAAGGUCUCAAGUUCAUCAAGAAAGCUGACAAUGCAGAUGUGACAGUUGAUUUUGAAGAAAGGUCUUUUUGUUUGACGGUGACUGGGAAAACAAAAGGAGAACUGAAAGGAAAGCAGUUUAAGCUUCAUAUAAAGAAACUCCCCAAAGAGAUAUCGUCUAACAUGUCGUAUUACGAGGUGGACGCUGACAGAGUACUGCUGUUUCUUUGUAAAGCUGAGAACAGCUCGUGGUACCCAGAACUGGAUUCAGGACUAGAGACCGAGGAAGAGGAAGCUGAAUAGUGUCUUCAAGGUUUCCUAAGAAUGGAAAAACCUUGAUAGAGUUAUUUAGACUUUCCUGGAAGGAUUCUCCAAAACAUGCAUGUCUUUGAGGCUUACACAAAAAAACUGAAUUAACAGUUUCAGGAGCAUUGUUUUGGAGAAAGAGAGGAAUAUAUUAGGAAAGGGAAAAAGUGAUUGUUAGAAAAAAUUAAGGGGAUAGGGUAUUGGAACGUUACAAGCGUCAUGUCAAUAUUGUAGAAUAUGGAGUGAAAUAGAUGUACAGUGUCUUUUACUUGCAUCAAACAUGGACUUUUGUAUUAUCUCAACUGAUUUGAAUUUCAAAUUUUCCAGUUGAUAUAGAUCAUUUAAAAAUAAUCAACAAAUAUAUGUGUAUUAUGGUGGAAUUACACUGAAUAGAACAAGGGUGAGAAAAUGUUUCGGCAUUUAUGUGUCCGGUAUUAUUUUUUCCAACAUUUUCAAACUCUGAACAAUAUAUCUCAUCAUAAUACUCUUAACAUAAAUUGUCAAAUGUAACACAAUUCAUUUUUGCAUCAAUAAUAAGAUGGAGACCUAGAUAUUUGUGGUAGAUUUUGGAAUAGUGAUGUACAUGCGAGUAUAAUUAGGGUGUGUGUAUUGUCUGUUGUCCAAUAAUCUAGGGUUGUUAUGAAGAUAUAAAAUGAUGACCUUUAAAUGGAAGUCGUAAACUGCUUUCUUUUCCUUGGAGAAAUCAGGGUUUUCUGCUACAUCUAAAGUCACCAUUUUCUGAAGGGGGGAUAACUGUUUCGCUACUACACACAGCAUAAUUUAGAUCUAACUUUUAAGUUGUAUGCUUUUAUAGACUUAAUUCUGUAGAAUUCAAUUUUUUUAAUUUCAUAUUUAAACACUGUUCCCUUUGUAUUUUCACUGCCAUAUUACUGUGACCUUUUUGUUUGAAAUAUGUCCAUAAAAGUUUUAAUGAAUUUCUACCAACUGAUGUUUUUACUUUUUACCCAUUUUUAUAGUAUAAUGUAUCUCUAUUUAAAGUUUUAGUCCUUAGUUUAUGAAAUUUGUUUCGAUUCCACAGAUUGAUAUUAAAUUUUAUAACCACAUGCAAUCAAUUUAUAUGAUAGCAUUACACUGUAUUGGUUGUGUAGUUUAGUGCAAUAUAGUUACCCAUACAUUGGUGGUUGUUGUGUAUAUAUUUGACAAUGGUUUUACAUGCGUAUAUCAAGUAAUUCUGAUUCACGUUUAGUUUGCCGCAAACAGGUACAUGUAGUUGUUUUGUAAUUUCCAAAUUAUAUACUUACAUGCUUUUCUUAUAUGCUUAUAAAAGGAUUGAAUACAUGUACAUUUUUUUUGGUUUUUGUCUUACAAUAAAAAUCAUGGACUUUAGCAAGACUAAUCAAUAAUAUUGUAUUGUGUGUUACUGUAAUAUAGCCUUGCUAAAGUCCAGGAUUUAAGUCGUAUAAAUAAUUCAAGCCCCUUUGUUAUGCUCAUAUCAGUUAACUUUUAUUGAUCUGUCAUUAAUUUUAAGAUUUGAAUACCUUGAUAAAUUGUUUAUACAUGGGCUUAUGUAAGGAUAUGUAAACAGGGUGCCUUAACAGUGUUCUGCUUUUGUUUUCAGUCAUGAUCACAGGGUCUUGUGUUUUGCCUAUUCUAGUUUAACCAAAUUUGUGUCUAUUCACAUGGUCAUACAGGGACAAGUAUCAUUAAUAGAUGGUACUACAUACAUGUCAUAUACCAUAUUAAAUUAAUGAUAUCGGCCCCAGUGUUUAGUAAGUAAAACCUCAUUAUACUGUUACCAUUUGCACAGAGAAUUUUUAAUUUUUGGCAUUUAAUGGGAUUUUAAUGAUAUCUGAAGGGAGAUAAAAUAAUAAUCUUUAUGGAAAAAUAUACAGAGGAAAUGGGAACUUGAAAUGUGUAAACCUUGUUAAACUGCCACCAAUAGUCCCUACACCAGAGUUUAUCCCUCUAUUACAUCAAAGACAGUGGUAUUUGAAUUAUAAUUCUGAUCAAGAAGUCAUGUCAGGGUACAUAUAUACAUUCAUCCAAGUUCACAUUCUGAUUGUAUCAAAACUGGUUCUCUAGUAUUCAAAAGUUUUAUUUACAUUAUGAAAAUACAUUAAAGUCUCACUAUACAGCCACUGUCGGUCCAACAGAAUUUUUGCAUUAUGGGUUUGGCAAUAUAUUAUAACCUUGUUUUACGGACAUCUGUCACCAAAUGUAACUUCAGCAUUAUAAAGGAGAUUGGCGAUACAUUAAUAUCAAAGAAGACACACAAAUGAUUUUUAAGGAAAAGGGGACUUUGAAAUAUGUUGGCAGUAAGGGAAGUGGCAUUAUAUUGAGGUUUUACUGUAGUAAGUACGGUAAUAAAAUCAUAGGUCAAUGAUUGUAUUGUUACAUGUUUAAAAUUACAUAGUUCCUUUACAUGUAUCAAAUGAAAUGCUCAAAACAUGUCAGUAAAGUCAAAAUUAGAAAAAAUA